AUGGCGGCGGACAAUGAACCGAAAGGGAAGCUGAAGGAGAUGUUCACCAACAAAACUCUGGCAGUGCGGUCCUUGAUCCUCUUCUACAUCUGGAUGGUGUCGAGUCUGGUGUACUACGGCCUCACCCUGAACGUCUCCAACCUCAGCGGCAAUAUCUACGUCAACUUCGUGCUGUCGGCGCUGGUGGAGGCGGUGGGGUACGUCCUGGCUAUCUUCCUACUGGACCGGGUGGGGCGCCGGAUGGUGCUGUGCGCCCUGAUGACCCUGGGGGGCGUGGCAUGUGUGCUCACCGUGUUCCCUGCUGUCUACGCCGGCGGAACGGCAGACUGGUCACUGAUGAUGUUGUCGUUGGUGGGAAAGAUGGGGUCGUCAGGGGCGUUCGGCGUCAUCUACAUCUUCACCGCCGAGUUGUACCCCACGCCUCUUAGAAACAUCGGUCUUGGGGUCAACCUGACGUUCUCCAGGAUAGGCGGAGUUAUCUCCCCUUUCAUUUCUGAUUUGGGUAUACUAGUUGGAGGUACAUUUGGCGAGCAAGCUCUUCCUCUGGUGGUAUUUGGUGUUACCGCCGUUCUUGCUGGGGGGCUGGCCCUCGCUCUUCCGGAAACUCUGAACCGGAAACUACCGGAAACAAUCGAAGAUGCCAAAGCUAUCGGGUCCGACACAAAGCACAAGUACAAGAUGAGGACAGAGGACCAGGCCGAGAGCGUCUUCUCAGUGGCCUUCACGAACAGGGAAUAG